AGUCUUCACUGUAAAAUAUUACCGAAUAUUUAAAUAAUAAUGUGUUAAAGAAAUUCAUUUACUGACGUUGAUUUACGAUCUAUUAUAUUAACUACGAGAGAGAUUGUGUAACAACGUUGUUCAUUUUAUAUUCGUGAACAUCGGUACAAUAACUGUUCUUAAUGACAACCGGGCAACAUAACAUAGGUCUUCCAUGUACCUACCAAAGUGCUACAACAUUUUAAGCUACUGAGUCGAUGUAGGGACAAACAUUUUUUUCUCUGAACGUUAAGGGAUCAUUUGGUUCAUAUGAAAGUGCCCUGGGGUAGUGUUUCGUGUUUAAAACAUAAACUACAAGAGGACAUUACUUGUAUUUACUAUGUUUGAUAAAUUUCGACAAGGCAAAGCAAGAAAAAGUAACUAAUGUUGACAAGACAAGCCGGUGACGAAUUUUGUUUGACGGUAUCGCGAGAGCUACUCUUGUGUUGAAAUCAGUAACAAUUAAACAGGAAUUGAACCAAACCGCCAUAUCAGUUCAUAAAUUUCGAGAGAUAAAGACUCACAAGAAUGUUUCGUAGAUGAUCCGCGUCGAGAGACAAAUUCCUUGAAAGAAAGGAUUGCCUUACGUUACAUUGUAUUGGCACUAAAACGAUAAAAUAGUGUAGUUCAUUUGAUAAAAAUCGUAUUUUGUGUUAAAGCAAACUGAAAUGUUUUAAGGAGAAAGAAAUUGAAGAGAUAAUCUUGACUAAAGCAAUGGCGAAAUCACAAGCGCUUUCAAGUGAUAAAAAGGUGAUGGAUUUAGGGUCCGAGUAUAGCACGAGCAGCGCUUUUGAGAAAAAACCUAAUUGGGUAAAUUUAGCACAGCUUGAUGGACCGGUAGAAGACUCUUUAACGAACAGAUUUCUCUAUAAGCCUGCAUUACGUUUCCAUGGCAUCACUGGCGGAAUUUGGGGUCAAGGUCUUUCGGACGCCCAUUCAGUCACCUCCGAGUCUCGUCCCAAGCUAUCGAUUUGUGGACUCUCUGGCGUCACCACACCAUGGCGGUGACGGGGCCAGUACUAGUGACGUGGAUACACUUUACAACACAGCAAAUAUUCCGGCGCGAUCGCCACUUACUCUGCGGCGGAGGAACACGGUCGCGGUGAUUGUAGUGGCGAUAGCUCUCCUUGCCGCUGUAGCCGCAAUUACCGGUGUUAUUUUACACUUCCUGCACCCAAAAGCAAUGUUGCGAGCAAACGUCCGAUUUACAAUUGCUAACCGUAACUACACAGAUGAUAUGAGAAACAGUUCAAGCUUGGACUUUCAUGAACUUGCAAGACCGUUAUGUGAAGAGAUGGAUGUAUACUUCCUAACCAGUGAAUUGGCAGACUUUUAUUUAGGCUGUAACGUUGUUUCUAUGACGAAAGAAAAGUCGAAGAUGAAAACUGGAACAGCAGUGCAUUACACACUUGAUUUCAUAGACAACAAAGUUACUAACGACGGGGAAAGAAUAAAGAAGAUAAUCAUGCGAAAAUCGGGUCGACAGCAGACCGAAGAUACUCUUUAUCUAGCAAUAAGGGAUUUCCUGGUAUAUCUGAGAAGUUUAAAAGUAGGAGUCGAAGUUCUUCCUUUACCAGGCGACCACCCAGGCAGACGACACAGACCCAGAAUACCUUGGAAUGAAGAUGUAGACUUCAUAGCCCGUAAGUCAAAAGAUGUAAACAAUAGUGGGACUAAUACAUCAGUAUUAACCAAUACUAAAGAACUAACACAAAAUUUAACAGAACAGUUUGAGCGCAGUGGUGUUGACAUGUCAUUUGACAUACCAAGACUGGUUUUACCCAGAGGCUUACCGAAAUCCCCUAACUUUAGCGAUAUUGAGGAUAUGAAAAAGAUAUUAAGACAGCUUGUUGACAACAUGUACAACAUGACAACAAAAAUAGAUCACAUGCAGGAUGCUAUAAAUUUCAUAAACAAAACAUUUCACGAGACCCACAGACCCUUGUUUAACUUAGAAGAGACACUUGGAAAUAUGACAGUCUCCUUGGGAAACUUAAAUCAGAAUUUAAACAGUAUAAACGCCACAAUGACGGCAUUCAAGGAUUUCCUAAAACAAUUUGGAAAUAAGAUAUUUAAUAUUGAUGAUGUUAUAAAGAAUAUUGAUGACACAAUUGGAAAUUUGGGAAAAGCUGUAAGUUUCAUAGAAUUUUCAAUGUCCGAUAUAAAUGGCACGAUGAACGGUAUAUCUGAUAAUGUCAUCGACAUGAACAACACUUUAACGUACGUAAAUAGAAGUGUGUUAGAUGUAAAUUAUACAGCGGCGUAUUCAAAUGACACUUUGGAUAGUAUGCAACAAACUUUAAUAAGUCUGGAAAAUGCCAUUAAAAACCUUUCCUUUAAAGUAAAUAUUAUCAAUAACGGUUCUGACCAGUUUGAUAUUUCCUUGAAAAAUAUAAAUGAUACGGUUAAAAACACUCAUAAGAAACUUAACAGACUUCAUGGAAAAUUAUUGAAGUUCAAUUCAAGUAUGACAAGGGUGGCUGGUCAGGCACAAAAGCUUAAACAAACGUAUGACAAGAUAAAUAAAACAUUAGAGAAUAUGAAUGAACCGUAUAUGUUUAUCAAUGGAACCGUCCUUGAAGUCAUUGAAAAAUUAUCAACAAUAGAUGACCGGUUAUCUGAGUUAUAUAAAAACAUGGAUGUAGCACAAAGCAACAUUACUAUGAUGAAUGUAUCACUUCUUGCAUCGAUGGAUUGGCUAGACGAAAUGGUGCAGACACUAACAAAAUUCAAUUUAUGGAUGGAAAGUAAUGAUGAUCAAUUGCAAAUUAAUCUCAAUAACAAAGACAUGAUUGAAACUGUCGGUAUGCUCCUUAAUAUGAAUGGCACUUUAUCUGAAAUUGGUUAUGACGUUGAUCAUAUAAAUAUUCGGCUUGACAAGGUUGACUUGAAAUUAGAAAACCUAGAAGAACAAUUAUUACAAAUAGACAGAACACUAGAUGAUAUAGACGUUAAAUUUAAACUGCUGGACAAAACUCUUAAAUCAAUUAACGCUACAGUGAAAGACACCGACGUUUCAUUAAAAACAAUGAAUUUUACAAUAAAGGCUAUAAAAGACAUAUUUGAAAAUAGUAAGAUCUCUUUUGAAAACAUAAAUAGUACACUGGAUACCGUUAACAAAACAUUGAUAAUAAUCAAUAACACGGCAAUGGAAAUCAAUUCAACCGUGACAAAUGUGAACAAAACAUUUGAUGGUUUAACAAGUACUGUUAAACGUACAACUGGAUCGGCAAAACAACUAAAAUCAUCAGUAUCAGAAUUCAAAGGAACUGUAAGGGAGUUGAAUACACAAUUGUAUAAUGCAAAUGAAUCAAUGAGAAUUACUAUGAACAAAGCAGACAUUGCGACUAAGUCUUAUCUAAUGCUAAAUAAUACUCUUGCUGAAGUGGACAAGACUGUUUCAGAGCUACGAAAUAAACUAAAUGAGACAAACGGUACGCUCCUAAGCACAGACACAUCCUUACAAUUUGUGAACAACUCAUUAUUAGCUAUUCAAAAUUCAUUCCACAAAUUAAGAACAGACUUGUCAAGAAUACAAGAUUCAUAUUCUAAAAUGAAUGCAAGUAUAUACGGAUUCGGAGAUGCAUUUCCUACAAUACAGACAUCAAUUCAAGAAACACAAAAAGCUAUGAUAGUCCUACAAGAUGACAUAUUACAAUUAGAUGACGAACUGCACGACAAUAUACGAAAACGUGACUUAUUAGUAAACAAGAAAGCGGGCUUAAAUAACAAGUUAAAUGUUAUUUUAGAGAGGUUGGAUUUGUUACAAUCAACAAUACAAGAAAUUACAGACCGAUCCAAUAACACUGAAAAUGAUAUUGUGUUAAUGAAUGAAUCGGUAAAGGAUUCAAUGGAACUGUACUAUAAGACAGAAAAAAAUGUCAGGUACAUAAAUGACACACAUGAUAUAAUAAAAGAACUGUAUGAUUAUUUACAACAUCAUUCCGUCGCUACAAAGAAGAAUUUUAGUUCGCUUGGAGAGUCAAUGAAGACAUUGAAAGUAGAUUUUGAAGAAUGUCGGAGCAGUUUUGAGAAAUAUUCAAAUGUUGAUUUGAAUCUUGACACCAUAUCAUCAGAAAUUGCUAGCGAAAUCUUGAAAUACGAAAAUACUAAAGAAUCAUUUGAUCAUGUGAAACAAGCGUUUACGAACACGGAUAAAGUUUUAUGGAGUGAUGACGGAAAUCCUUCACUUGUUCAUAACACAUUCGAUUCGGUUGUUAAUGAAACAGAAAGGGUCAAUAAUACUGUAAAUAAAUUCCAGAAAGUUUUGAACGAGACAGACAAAAGUGUUACAGAUAUAACAGAUUUCAAGCAAGAUAUGCAUUUAAAAAUAAAAGAUAUGUAUAAACUUAAAGAUAAAAUCGACGCCAUAGACAGUACAGAAACAAUAGUUUCUAACGAAAUUACAAUAACUGAUAAGAUGAUAAAUGAUUUACACACCAACAUAACUAAAGGUAAAGAAGAUUUAUUACAAAAAUUAAAAUACGUUGAAAGAAUGAAAAGGAAUUUAGGCAAUAUCAACGGUACAGUUAACUCUACGAAGUCGUUUGAUAAUCUAGAAAAGGAUAUCAGAUCUUCUUUAGAUGAUGUGAAUACUGCCAUUGAACUGCUUGAAAAUUCGAGCAAUGUUUUCCAAGAAGAAGUACAUGGGUUCAAAAUAGCAAAUAAGACAUAUCAUAAAAACAUUUACGACUUGUCAAGUGAAAGUCAGAUUAUUUUGAACAAUACUUUAGAGGUAAUGAAAAAUACCAAAUCACAGACAAAUGAUUUACGCGUAGAGCUCCAUAAUAUUUCAACUUACGUCAGUAAUAUUUAUGAUAAGGUGAACACAACAAGUACUGAUAUUGAGAUCUUUGAAUUGAAGCUUCAAAAUCAAAAGACAAAAAAUAAUUUUGUAACAAGUGAAAGACCUUUAUUGGAAGAAGCCUACCAAAGAGCUUUUACGAAGUUAGACUCAAUAACUACAUGGCAAGAAAAAUUGUUUAAAGACUUCAAAACUUUACAAAAUAUUUCAGAGGUUCUUAAAAAACGCAUAGAUGAAAAACAAAAUGUAAAUAUAUCAAUUCUCGAAGAAGAAAGACAGCUAAAAACAUUCAUGGACAAGAUCAUUGAUUUUAAAAAUGAUUUAAGUACAAGUGACAUGUAUCUUGAAACUUUCUAUGAACGUUUCUCAAGGUUUGAUGAGUCAAGUCAUACACUCCAAGAUAUUAAAAAGGAAUACGAACAACAUUACCAUGCUGUUGAACAUUUCGAAACAGUUGUAAAAGAUAUACCUUCAGUUCAGAUGGAUAUAUUUAGUAAGACGGAAAAUAUAUCUAAAACAUUUGAGGAUCUAUUGCGACAGCUAACAGAACUUUUAAAUUUAAAACAACCUAUCAAAAAUGCAAGUGUGUCUGUUCUCGAGGUCAAAACAAAGUUAGAUAGUACAUGGAAAAAUGUUGAUGAAGCCAUAUCUCAUCAUUCUUGGUUACAGGAUGAGUUUGCUCGAAUAAAAAAUAAUUACACAAACUUCACAGCAACAGAAAUAGAUUUAACAGAGUCAUAUGUAAUUGAAGCCAUUGACGACAUAGAUAAACUUUUAUCCAACUUGACAUUUGACUUGCAAAAUGCAAAUGAAAGCGUUAUAAGUUUACAAGAUACGUAUGACACAGUUAAAAGGAUUUACACUAAGGACAUAUAUGAUAGGUUUAAUAUUGAUCAUACAAUACAACAAAUCUUAGUACCGACUGUGCAAAGCAUUCUAGAAAAAAGUGGAAAGAUAAGUAGUGAUUUGGAUUCUAUCAAUUUAAAUAUACGCAGACUAGAGGUGUCAAUUAAAGGUGUUAAUGAAACUAUUCACGUUACUAACAAGCAACUAUUUAUUGAUCGCCAAAAGAAGCUUUUAGCUGAUACAAAAUUUCCAGAGUUAGAAUUUUCUGUAAAAAAAGCGAAUGAUUCUAUAAUGGACAGCCUUUUGAGAUUAGAUGAAACAAAGUCUGACUUAGAAGGUAUCAUAACAGCAUAUGAUGAUCUAAGUGAACGUCUGACACAGUAUCCUCACUUUAAUAUAUCACUGGGCGAUUUAGGCAAAAGAUUGCAUAUUUUCAACGAGUCUAUAUCAUCUUUAUUAGAUGAAUUGAAUGCAAGUACUGAUCUAUUGAAUCAGCUUAAUAAUACACUUUGGGACGAUGAUGGUCGCAGAUAUUCAAAUAACGAAACAAUAGAUGAUAUGAAAAAGCGAUACAAACGUGUAGAUGAGAUGCUCAACAAAAUAUUUGGAGAUUUGAGUGAUAUAAAUUCUGCAAUUGCAACAAUAAAUAAUGGUUCAGCGGAAUUAGCUACACAAUUGUCAUCUCUGAAUGAUACUGUAGACAGUGUAAAUAAUUCCGAUAAACUGUAUGUCAAACUUUAUAGUGUAUUCACCACCAUGGAGAAAGAUUUUGAAGAUAAAAGAGUAAAAGUAAAUGAACUUUCUAAAAAUGUUUCAGAUAUUACAGAAUCAUUCAGAUCAAUAGAAAACAGAUUUGCAAAUAUUAACCAAAGUGUUUUCAAUAAGCUUGUUAAUCAGUUUAAUGAGGAACAGUCAAACAUUAUCAAUAGUGUAGAUAGUCUAAAGAAUUUAACGAACCAUACAUCAAAUGAUCUCAGUAUAAUUCGAACUUUGUUUGAUUUAGUCAAAGUUUUUAGCAAUAAAACGUCGAACUCGACAAAAGACAUAACAGAAUCUGUGUUUGAACAAAAUCAAAUCUUAAAGAACAUAUCACAGUUACUUACUAAUGUGGAGAAAAAUAUUGAUGACAUAGGACAUAACUCAUCUUAUGUUAAACCGUCAAUACAUCAGUUAGAUAACAAACGUGUCCAGAUAGAGAGAGAAUUUCGCCGACAGGAAAAACUAGAUUUUUUUGAAAAAUACUUUCCUAAGAAUAAAUAUGACAAUUUGAAUGACACAAUUGAAUCUGUAAAAAGAGCAAACAGUGGCUUGGAAUCGCAUUAUAAACUUUUAGAUAAACAUUUUAAUGAAUUAAGGUUUAAUCUAAGCAAACAUAAAAACAUACAUUUGGACAUUUCACAGAUAGGCAACUCUUCAGCAAUUGCACAUGCUUUUGUUGUGAACAAUUCAGUUGUUCUUCGUAAUAUUUCAAACGAUUAUUUGGAAUUAAAGACAUUGCUGUAUGCCAACGACGAAUCAGUCGUUAGUGAUGCAGAGUCAAUAGACGAUAUGAGGAAGAGAUAUGAAACUAUUAACAACCGUAUUGACAACAUAACGUCUGAGCUUUUGAGUAUGAAAGACAAUAUUGGACAACAAAACUCAAUAUUAGAACAAAACGCUGAAACAAUUGUUGUAUAUCAGAAAUUAAUAUCAUCAUACGAAAACGCCAGAAAAAAUACUUUUGAAAUGAUACAAUCAAACAAAAACUGGAACAAAACAUUUGUUGCAAUUCAAAACCUGAAUUUGGAAAGGAACGCUUCUUUUACAUCUGUACGUGACAUAUACAAGUCUAUGUGCACAGCCUUUAAUGGUACAACUAGCGAGGCAAUUGAAAAUUUGAAAUCAAAAAUAGAUAAAAACAUAAAAGAUUUAUUAACCAAAUUGAAUAUUAUGGAUGGCUCUAAUAAAGCAGUUUUGAACAAUGUUUCAAUUUCCGAAAAUGUUACAAUCAGCUACGCUGUGGAACUGAUGGGUGAUCAUCAAAAUUCUGAUCUAUUAAGAAAAGUUCUUUUAAAAUAUGAAGGUGUAGCAAGCUCCGUUAAUAAAUCAACGUCUUCACUUUCACAGAUGAAUAAAACUUUGAUAGAAAACGGUAGCAUAAUAGACAAUGAAAUCACGGCUCUUCAAAGAAAUGUCAAAAAUCUCAGAGAGAUGUUUAUACGACAACAAAAGCUUGAUUAUAUUGAGGAGAACGCGCCGAUAUUGCUCAAUUUGCUACAAAAGACCAAGAACGAUAUGAAGCAGGCUGAACUUGAUGUCGACGAAAUAAAAAAUAAGACAAAAUCGUUACAAAUACAAUACGAAAUGACAAAUAAUAUUACAAAAAACACAUCCUCAUUGGAGAUUCCUUUGAUACGAAGCAUCCACCUGAUGAAGGCAGCAAAAGACAGUUUGAAUAAGUCUGAAAAUAUCUUAAAAAGCGAAAGUAGUAUUAUUAAAAAUAUAGAUUUAAAUAAAAUCAAAUCAUUUUAUAGUUCAAAUGAUACUCUUGAAGAUAUUAUGAAUUUCUUUGUUGAUUCGAAAAAAAAUAUUUCAAAAGUGAGUAAAACUAUUGACCAGAUAAUACAGAAGAAGCGUGAUUUGGGAGAGGAAGUAAACGGGGAAGAGAAUUAUCUUAAAGAACUGUACGAUGAAACUAUAAAACUACAAAGUCUAAAACAGGCAUAUGAGUCAACAAAUGGAGAACUUGUAAACGAAGGGAAGCAAAUACAGAUUGCAAUCAGGAAUAAUUCACGUCUGGCUGAAGGAAAAACGUAUCUCGAUAAUAGGCUUGCUGAUAUCGUUCAGUCAUUCAAAAAUGUGAAAGAGAAAUCAUUGUACAAUGAUGUUAAUAUGAUAUUAAGCGACCUUAUAAACCUUGGCGAUGGAUACACACUUUUAAAUAAAUCUAUCAAUAGUACAAAUGAUGCUUUCGUAGAAAAUAUGAACAAAUCUGACCAAAUUUACGGUAAAUUAAACACGAUUUCAGCCACCCUCUAUGAAUUAAAAGAGAAAACAACUAAAGCUUACCCGAUAAGAGGUGACAUCUCUGAAGGCCUCAUCUUCAUAAAAAAUAGAACAAAUGAAAUAGCAAAUGUAAUGGCUACAAAUCUUGAUAUGCUUCCAAAAAUAAAUAAAAGUAUCAGCAAUUUGCAAGAAAAGUUUAGAAAGCAGGAAAUACAUGAAUACAUCAAGGAAAACUUUCCCAGCCUACUUAAGCAUUAUGAUCAUGUGAAUAAAACACUUGAUAAUUUACACGAACGAAUUAUUGUUGUGACUGAGAACCUGAUAAGUGUGCAUAAAAAUAGUGUUGAAACCAUACAACAAUUAAAUGACAGUCGUUCAAUUGAAAUAUCGUUUGAUAAUAUAUCAACCGUAAUCGAUCGAGGAAAUGUAUCACUGAAAAAUGUCAUCUUUGACAAAAAUCGACUUGAGAGCAUUUACAAAGAAAUGGAGAACGUAAUCUCAAACAGCGUGGGGUCAAAUGAAACGUUAGAAGAUAUCAAGAGACGAUUUGCAGGAUAUGAGCAACUCUUACAGCAAAUAUCCGCAAAUGUAACAGAACUAAAUACUUCUCUAAGUGAUAUUGAUAGUGAAAUGGAUCAGGUACAAACAACAAUUGAUAUUCACAAUGCCGCACUUACAAAUUUCCACGUUAUUCUGGGUGAUGCUGAGGAAACAGAUCAAUCCCUCAAAAAACUAAGAGAAACGAAAAUACCCGUUGAAGAUGAUCUUAAUCAUUUUGAAAUUAAAGCUGAUUUUUUGAAAUUACGGCUUGAAUCACUGUCUUUGCGAUUUGAGGAAUUAAAUAGUACGUUAUUAAAUAACGAAAGGGAUAACAUUGGUCAUAAUAUGAUUGAUUUUGUGGAUACACUAACAAAGACACAACAACAGCUUCAUGAACAGAAAGACAAGUUAGAACAAGUGUCUAAGAAUAACAGCAUAUUAAAACAAAAUCUCAAUGAAUCAAUUACAACAAUUGAUCAGUUAAAGGUUGUGUCUCAUGAUGCAACAAGACAAAUCAGUAUAAUAACUGACAAUAUGCAGGCCAUAAAAAAAAAUAUUGAAAAUGAUAUAAGACCUAAAGUUGCUCCAUAUAAUAAAACAAUAGAGAGUAUUGAAGAUGACAUAAAUAAUUUAGUGAACAAAUAUUUAGAACAAGAAAAGAAUGAUUUUUUUGAGUCCAAUAUCCCGCUGUUGAUGCAAUUGUACAAAAAGGUGAAUAAAUCUUUAGAUGAAACGAAGGCUAGUCUACUUAGAUCAGCUUCGACAAAUAAUCUGAUGAAUAAAACGAUUCAAGAUCUUCAAGAAAAAAUAAAUGCAUUUUCCAAUAUCAAGAUUACAACUGAACAUGAACUACGACAACUAAAUUUACUACAGGAAAACAACACAAAUGGAAAUUCACAGUUAAAUCAAGCAAUGGAUCAUUUUAUUAGCUUCAAUACUGAUAUAUUUAAACGGAAAGAAUGGUCAAAUAUUUCCAUUGAUCGUAUAAAAGACGUAUUUGAUGACUCUAUGAAAAAUAUUUCUUUGAUAAACAGUACGUUAAACGACAUUAACUCUGUUAUCCUUGUUGCUGAGACUGCACAGAACAAAAGUUUCGAUAACCUCAACGAAACAAAGUCCGUGUUAGACAGAUAUCAUAAGUAUUUAAAUGCAUCUGCUAUUAAUGAAGAAGGAUUGCAAAAUUUAUCUGUUAAACUGAAUGAGACUCAUAAACUACUCGAGGAUGUUAAACAACGAUUUUACAAUGAUGGUGAUCGACUCUUUAAUCUUAUGCGAAAAUAUCGUGAUGUUACAAGUACCGAUAUAAAAAAUCUUAUAGAUGAGAUACGUAUGAUAAUUGAUGAAACUGUAGGCUUGCGUAUACCAUUAGCUAACAAGCUUUUUUCAAAACGAAUCAUGGAAAAUUACAACGCUGUAAGUGCACGAUUCAUUGAUGUGGUUUAUGAUCUGAACGACAAUUACACAAGCAAAGAUCAACUAAAAAAUAUUCUGGGCGACGUGGAUGAAACAUUGAUGAAUAUUACUCUAGAAACUGAGAAUAUGGUGGGUGACGAAGAAUUCUAUCGUGAAGAUGCCAUUAGAUUGUCCGAACAUCUAAACAAUUCAAAUUAUUUGCUGGAUAAGCUUGAAGACAUGUUUGAAGUUCAAGCAAAGAUAGAUCUCCUUAAUAAAGAAUUACCAGACCUUACAGAUACCUGGAACAAAGUAAAUAAUAGUCUUUACAACAUGUCAGAUAAUUUAUCUCUAACAUCAGUUAAUAUUAGUGAUGCAAUUUUAUUUGUCAACGGCCUGGACGAUAGGAUAAAUCAAAUAGAGUCCGUUAAUAUAACAACGGAAAAUUUAUACAGAAAUUUUUCAAUUCAGAAAAUUGAUCACAAGAACAUAAAUGAAAGUGCUGUACAGCUUAAACGUAAUCUUGACACUCUUCAAAUGUUUGAUAUUGAUGCUAUAGCAUUAGCAAAUAAUAAGUCAAUAACACUGAGUUAUGUACAAAAAAAAUUGACAAACCUUAAUAACUCUUUGAUACGCCUUACUAACGAAAGUAACGAUCUAGAAAGCAUGUAUAAAGAUUUGAAAAGAGCUAUUUCUUCUACAAAAAAUGAUGCGGAAGUACUCAGUAAUGCUCUGUUUAAGUUUAAAGAUUUAGAAAGGGACGUUAAAUCUUUAAAUCGGACGUUACAUGAAACAAAUGAUAAAUUGAAUGAUACCGAGUAUAAAUUGAAAACAGCCUUUGAUGAAAUAAAGUUUCACAAAAAUUCUCUCAAAGUGCUGAAGCAACGGUAUUCAGAAUACUCAUAUGACAGCAGGGAUAUAGAAGUGUUAGUGAACAUGACUGAAAAAACAAUAGCUAAACUAAACAAAACGCUUUCCAAGUCAGAUAUAAAACUUUCUGAUUCGAAAUAUGAAUUCUUAGAAAUUACAGCCAUUUUGUACAAUGCCACUGAUGAGAUUUCAGUACUAAAUAAUUCAAUUGAAAAUGUGGAGAAAACACUUCCACCUACUUUUACAAAGGUAAGAGAAGUAGACAGAUCUCUGGAUAAUAUAACCAACAGCAUACCAGAAAUAGCAAUUGUACUACGUGAUAUUGGUGAUAUGCUUCGGGAUAUGAACGUUUCGUUGGUAAAUGAAAACUUGAAAUCUAACUUUGCUGACAGGGCAUUGCCUAAAUUAAAAGAAAAGUAUGAAGAAACAAAUAGAACUUUUGAAAUGACAAACAAAACUCUACAAAGAAUGGCUGAUGAGAUAGAUAUGCUAAAUGAAUAUAUAGAAACGUUAAAAUUCCGAAUGAAUGACUUUUCUACCAUCAACAUUUCAUUGUCAGAUAUUGACGCAAAUAUUACACACCUCGAAAAUAGGCUGCUGAUUAUGAAGGAGCAUUAUGAUAAUGUUAAAGGAAUAGUCAACAAUUUCAGGAACGACAUAAGUGUAAACAACAUAUUCGGUAGAAACAUAUCUUUGUCUGAUGUCGAGGAUCAAUAUAAAACCUUUAAUGAUAGCUUAGAUUUGAUCAAUGUAGUAUUGGCAAAAAUUGAUAAUGAAGCAUAUGAAAUGGAUGAACAUUUUGAAUUUCUAAACGAGACAAUGGCAGGAAUAGACAAUGCAUUAGACAGGUUUGAGACAAAACAAAUGGAUACAAAAAUCAUGGAGAAAGAUAUAGAAAAUGUUGCAAAAGAUCUUUCAUCUACAAAUAAAAGCAUCGACAGUAUGCAGGACGUGGUUAAUAACUUUAGUGAAAGGUUUGACAAAAUGAAUGUUUUGUAUGCAGACGUCUUACAAUCUACAAUUGAAAAUAACACUCUCGUAAAUAAAUUGUUAGAAACAACCAACAAAUCACUUGAUGAUUUACGUAGCUCUGUGACGAAGCUGGGCGAUAUAUAUGAUAAAGUUACAAAUGGCUUUGUUGAUAUGAAUGAAACAUUGUUCGGAAACAUAGAUUCCUACGUUGGUCUAAAUAACACUCUCGGUGAUGUUAAAAGUAAAUAUUUGAAAUUAAGUAAAUCAUUGACAAAACUUGAAAAAGAUAUAAAUGGCGCUAAACAAAAUGCAAAUGGUAACAAUUCAACCUUGUCGGAACUUUCUGUACUUUUGGACUUCAUAAAUGAAACGCUUUACAAAGAAAAGGUCAAAUUUGAUUUCAUAAAGAAUAAUUUAGGACAUUUAGCGGAUAAAUUUCAUGCUAUAAAAUCUCCUUUGGAAAAAACAAAUAAAACAUUAUCCGCAGUAAAAGACAAUUUAUCCAACACAAGUAAUUUAGUUCAAGGAGUAAAAGAUAAAUUAAAAGGUUUUUCAAAUAUCCAUAUUUCAGUUUUAGAAAAUGCAAACAAAUUAAAGAAACUUGAAUCCAAUGUGUCUGAAGUCAACAGAAAUUUGAAAGAUAUUGAUAAUCAGUACGAACUAUUACAGAAGAAUAUUAAAAACCUUGAUAAUCACACUGGAGAUGUUAUGAAUAUCAAAGACAAAUAUAAGUCGAUCAAUGAAAGUUUGGAUAAUUUGCAAAUGAAUCUUACCGAAAUGUUAACCGAUUUGGAAAAUGUAAACAAUGAUACAAACAGUAUUUCAGAUCAGACAAAACAAUUAAAUUCCGCUUUAGACAAGCUGGAUGGGCAUAAUAACUCUGCAAUAUCACUAACCAAAAAUAUUUCUAAUUUAGAAGGCGAUUUGGAAACCACAGGUUCAAUAAUCAAUCAAACACGCUCUAACGUAAACGAAUUAAAAAGUAUUUUGCAAGAUAUGGAAAAUGUCUAUUCAUCAUUAAACGAUAACGUCCUACUUGGAAACAUCACAGAUUUGAUUAAAAGAUUAAACGCCUCAACGACAGCUUUAAAACAUGUUCAGGAAUCACAUAGAAACAUAUCAAAUGAUGCUACCGGAGUUAUUAGAACACUAAAAGAAACAAAGGAACAUCUAAAUAGCGACGUUUAUAAUCAAGAAAUGCUGGACAGUAUUAAUAAUCAAUCUGGGAAUUCUCUAAAUUAUGUAAAAAAUAAAACUGAUAUUUUACACGAUUCGCAAAGAAAUAUAGCACUUGAUGCUGAUGACAUACAGAAUACAAUUGAUCUGAUAACAAAUGAAAUUUUAAGACUUAAUGACACAUUAGCAGAAGAAAAGAAAAAACAAGAAUUCAUCGCUACAAACUUUCCACACAUGCAAAAAAGAUAUGAAAAUUUGAAUAAAAUUCUAGACAACUCUAACAAUAGUAUCAGUGAGACCAACCUGCGAACUGAGACAGUUGCAGAACGUUUAUCUAGUGUUAAAGAAAGAUUGAACAACAUAACAGCCAUUACUAUACCACUAAAUUCGGAAAAUAAUGAAGCGAUUAGAAUUAAAAAAGAGGUUGAUGAAGUUUUGAAUAGUUUUAAAAAUGUUUCGAAAGUAUUUGAUGAUCUCAACAUAGAUAAUCUCAGUAAUGUUAACACAAAAUAUGAAAAGCUGAAAGACCAGUAUUUUGGAUUCGACAAUAAAAUGAAUGAUAUUGAGAAAGACAUCAAAAAAAUUAAUAACGCCCUGGACGACAUAAACAAAACAGCUUCAUUUAUUAACGAAUCAGUUAAUGAUAUUAAUUCAACUGUUGAUGAAUAUAUAGAGUCAGGCGAUAUCUUACAAAAUUAUGCUUUAUCUGGUGAAAAUUUAUCUGCAAAUAUUGGACAAACAAAUCAUUCAAUUAGAAAAAUAUCAGACGAAGUGCAGGCUUUAUAUGACACUUUUGAUAAUCUGCUUCAGAACUACAGUCAUAUAAAAGAUCCUGUCCUCAGUCAAGCACAAAAUGUUAUCAUGAAUUUGUUGAAUUCAUCUAGUGAUAAUAUACAUAAACUUGGAAAGGAAAUCUUGAAUCUUAACGCUGAUAACGACAAAACCAAAUCAGUGAUACAGAAAAUGAACCGGACACACUUGACAACAAAAAAUCUACUUUCAGAAUUAAAACAACACUUAAAGGAUGUAAAGAACAACUCCAGCAAUGUUAAUGUCAGUUUAAGUGGAAUUGGACAAAUCCAUGCAGAUAUAAAUAAAUCGGUAGACAACUUGUCACCAAACCUCAAAAAUGUCCUUGAUAUGAUUACGAAUUUGAAUAACUCAUUAGUGAAAGAGCAAGAAAAGAUUGACUUUAUUGCUACAAAAAAGCCAUUGAUAGAAAAGAAAUUCAGGGAUUUAUUUGGCCCACUUGAAAUGACAAAUAAUCACCUGUCUUUCACAGACGUAAAAUUAGCUGAUCUAAAAUACGAAAUUAUAACCACUGGCUCCAGACUUGACAAAUUUAAAACACUAAAUUUUACAACUGAUCCGGAAUUGCAACGCUGGAAUAUAAUGAACAACACUGUAAAAAAUAUAUCGAAAUUGUUUCAUCAACUAAGCGACAAGUAUAAGGAAUUGAAAAACUUUUUAAACACGAUGGAUGAUCGGAACAUUAGUAUAGAUGAGAUGAAACUGAAAUUCAACAGUAUCAAUUCUUCAUUGAAUGAUGUUGAAGAUAAACUUGAAAACGUAAACACAAUAUUAUCUGACACAGAAAAUGAAAUAAGGGAAACAGAGAACAUCAUGAGUGGAUUGCAUACAUCAAUGGAUAACUUUAAACAGUUGCAAACUGAGGCUAUGAGAACUAAACAAAAUGUUAACGACUUGGACACGAUUAUAGGUAGAUUCGAAAAUGAUACAAAUCUUGUAAGAAAUAUCGGUUCUGAUAUAAAGCAACAGUUGACUGAUAUGAAAACAAUGUAUGCUCCAUUAAAUCAUACAGAAUGGAAUAAAAUGCAACCAAAGUAUUAUAAAGAAGCAUCAACCGGUUUGAACAAGUUAAAUGAAGUAAAUGAAAGUGUAAACCGCCAGCGUUUAAAGCUUAAAUCAACUGCUAGUAAUUUUGAUAACAUCAUCUCGGAAAUUAGUUCUAAAUAUCUGACAAGAAAAGAUGUUGAUUCAACUAUUUCAGAAAUGCAUACUAGAUUGAACAUAACUAAGCAAGAACUAUCUAAACUGGACCAGCCUCUUAGGGCAAACAGUCAAAAAAUAACAUUAUUGUCUGCUACCAUGAAUAAAACGAAAAAUCAGGUAGACGCUAUGAAUACAACUCUUCAUAAUGAGCUACUAAAACAUGACUAUGUAAAACGAAACUUACCAUCUUUAAAGGAGAAAUAUGCAAAUGUCAAUGUAACUUACGCACAUAACAUUCCAAAUGUACAAGGCAUGGAAGACCAGAUAUCACAACUCGUAUCAAUAAUCGAGAAAAUCAAAGAGAAGAUGCGACAAUUUGGUGUAGAUGACACAGACAACUCUAUUAAGAAGUGGGAUUUAGCUAUCCAAAGUCUUAAUUCCACUGUCGCUAACGCCCUGAGAAGGAACAAGGAAGCAGGGGAUAAGCUAGUUGAUCUAAAAGACAAACUUUGGUCAAAUGGAACAAUGUAUUCGAGCACUGAAUCGCUUGCAGAUGUGAAAGCACGCUUUGAUAAUUACAAUAAAACUUUGGAUGAGAUCAGUGCAGCAUCACACACAAUCAAGAUUAAGCUUGCUGAUUUGAAUGCCGAAGCUUCUGGCGUUAUUGGACAGUUACUUGAACGAGACUCUAUUCUUACGACGACGCCUGCUACCACUACACCGUCUGGACCACCAGACUGGCUGACAUUCCAAAGUACAGCGACUGGGAUAAUAGGGAAGGAUCCUGGAUUUGCCACAUGCGCUGUUGAAGAUCUUACACAGUGGGACAUGAUGAAAAUAACAAGAGUCAAUAAGGACGGUAGAGAAGAGGCAAUAGCCGCAUGGAAGCUAGGAGUAGGUGCAAGGAAAGCAGUGAGAGAUCGCAGAAUAAAAGUCAAGCGUACAAAGACUGCAACAGGUGGUAAAAUGACGGUGGGAAUUCAAACCCUACAGUGUGAGGACGAAGGGACGUACUAUUGUUCAAUAGACUCGUAUAACAUGUGGCCGCUUGAGUCGUCAAUUGGCGUGAUAUCACCUCCCGAGGACGACCUGAAACCAGAAUUUCCAACAGAAGUAUUCGAGGACAAAGUCGCCAACUUCUCAUGCAUGGGGCAUCCCGGUUAUCCUAAUGGUCGAAUCAUUUGGAAAAUUAAGCGAGAAAAAGAAGUCGAAUUCAGGCCAUUUGAAUUUUAUAGUUCAAGGCCUAAGGUUACAGAUACAAGCUGCGUGCGCACAGAAACUAACACAGUAGAAUACCAGUUUGAUUUGCAAUGGAACAACACCAAAGUCCGCUGUUAUAUAGAAAACACGGACUUCUAUGCAGAAGGAAUCAUUCGUCUGCUCCCAUACGACAUUUGUAACAAAGUACGUUAUCAAGGUACAAUAAGUCAUCCAUAUACACCACAUAAAUAUAUCGUCUGCGGAAAGGAACUCAACAUAAUGCAGUGUCCUGGAAACACGUGCUAUGACCAAAAAGAGGAGAACUGUGUCCGAUGCAAGGCUGGUAGUGUAGGCAGCGAUCCUUGCCUUGGACAACCUUUGUACUCCUAUGUCGCCCACGAAACUGACUGCAAGAAGUAUUACAUUUGCAUGGGACCAACAAAGACCGCAAAGAAGUGUACCAAAGGUUAUUUCGCGCCAAAUAUUCCCGGAAACUGUGUCAUGUCGUAUGCGCAGUCGCACUGUGGGCGUAAAGCUGGCUGAAAAAUACAAAACAGAACGACUCUUGUUGAUCAAAAAGAAAUCCUGAAUUUUACCAGAAUGAAUGUAAUGGUUGAAAUCGGUUAAGUAACAUUUUGAAAUAGUUUUAUCUAUUGAAUCUAUGGUGUUAUUAUAUGGCAUCGUGACGUAAUAAACAACAACUUUAUAAGGUAUUGAUACAUGUACAUUCAAAGAAUUUCAUUUUUGUGCGAAAUCGCUAAAACGCGUAUCAAAAGCGAGGUCUAUUUAACCUAUCAAUAGUAAAUACAUGAAAACUAUUACAUAUGUACAUAUGUGUAUACAAAGGGCAGGUUAUCCAGAAUACAGAUAUAUGCCAAAAAUACCCUAUAGAUGUGUACGUGAUGUGGUGUGUUAUUGCACAAACUUCCGGAAUACAUCUACAUAUAUCUUGAAACUGAUUUUUCUCUAAAAUGCCUUACAGCGGAUUAUGAUAAAAGCCAGCGAUGGUCUUUCUUGAUUGACUUCACUAAAACUACUACAUCCUAAUUAUAACUUUCUUAAGCAAUGAUUUGAGCAAAAAUGUUUGUAUCUGCAUUCUGUCUUACAGCUGUGUAUGAAUACAUGAUUGUCAAAAGUUGUCUACGAUUGCUAAUUGUAUCUUUUUUGUAUGAGUAAGUGUACAGACGUGAUGACGCUUUACACAUAAACUUACAUAAUGUACAUAGUUUUAUUUAUUUUCGCCUAUUUUUUGUUGUUGAUAGUGUAAAGCCUGGAUAGAUAUUUCUUCUCUUUUAAUUUGAAUAUUUGUUUUUAAAUUAUAAUGUAUGAUUUUUUUCCAUGGACUUUGUGUAUUAAAUUUCGAUUCUGGUCACAUGAAUGUAGAUUUGUGUAGAUACAGAUUUCAUGUUUGAUUCUUAUACCAUUGAUAUCAGAAUCUCCUUUAUAUGACAGACAGUAAAAUGAUACUGUAUAACUUUAUAAAAUAUGUGUCACAGUAAACAAUAUUAAUAAGCCUAUUUAAAAUAAUGUACAUAAUUGAUUUGAUGGUAUAAAUGUUAAUGUGUUUUAGUUAUUUUACACAAUGUUUCUUUAAUUCCUCAAUAUCACAUAAUUACACAGAUAUAUAAUUAUACAAUAUAUGUACAUUUAGCUCCAUGUCAAAAUGUUGUAUUUAUUUUAACGUUAAAAAACUUUGCAAUUUAUGUUUCUUGUAAUUACCUUUAUAGUAUUGGUUUUGCGCCACUGUUUUCACAAAUAAAUCGAUUUAUCUCAUUA